CAAGAAUAAGGUGUCAUUUAUCGUAUGAUCUUCAGCUGAGCUAAGGCGCUAUUAUAGCAAGCAAAGCAGCAACGAAAAUGGCCAGGAUAAUUCUAAUUGCUUGUCUCUUUCACUUUAUAUUCGCUUCCACUCCUCCCGAGGCAAAAUACACCCCAUUGCAAAUGAUAACGAGCGCUGGGUAUCCUGGUGAAAGCCAUAGCGUCACUACAAGAGAUGGAUACGUGCUAGGACUUCAAAGAAUUUCUUAUGGAAGGACUGGGAAAACAAAUGCUACCCGCCCUGUCAUAUUCCUCCAGCAUGGACUCCUUUGUGCUAGCACUAACUGGAUAACCAACGGCCCCAGUGACAGUUUGGGUUUCAUUUUGGCUGAUGCAGGCUUUGAUGUGUGGCUUGGUAAUGUACGCGGCAACACUUACUCCAGGGAACAUGUGAAGUAUAACCCAGACAAGGAUAAAGAGUUUUGGGAUUUUAGUUUUGAUGAACAUGCCCUCAUCGACCUACCCACAAUGAUUGAUUAUGCCCUAUCCGUAUCAGGGCAGAAUAGCACGUACUACGUUGGACACUCUCAGGGUACUAUGAUGGGGUUUGCUGGGUUCUCUUCUAAUGCAACACUCGCCUCCAAAAUACGAGGAUUCUUUGCCUUGGCUCCAGUAUCAACCGUCAAAGACAUUGAAGGAAUGUUUGCCUAUAUUGCAAAAAUUUACAAAGUUUUAGUACCAUUUUUCAGUGUUACCGGCGUCGGAGAGUUUGUACCUAACAAGAGUAUCAUAGACAAAGCCGGUGAGCUUUUUUGCUUUUCUAAAAUCGAAGAAGUGUGUGGAAACGUGCUCUUCCUGAUAUGUGGAUUUGAUGAGAAAAACCUCAACGAUAGUCUCAUUCCCGUGUAUCUUGGACACACACCAGCUGGGACUUCAGUUCAAAAUGUGGUCCACUGGGCACAAAUGGUUAAAUCUGGUGCAUUUCAAAUGUAUGACUAUGGCUCAGCUUCUGCUAACAAAGAGCAUUACAAUGGAAAUUCUACUCCUCCGCUUUACAAUCUAUCCCAGUUUCCUGUACCCACGUACCUAUUCACCGGUAAUAAGGACUGGCUGGCUGACCCGACUGAUGUUAAAGGAUUGAUUAAUAAACUGAAUACAACCUCCAAUUCGCUGAAAGGCGUCACUAAUAUACCCUAUUAUGAACACUUGGAUUUCAUAUGGGGAAUAGAUGCUGCUGAGAAGGUCUAUAAAGUUAUCAUUAGCUAUAUUAAUGGUAGUAAUUAAUUAAUUAUUAAUUAAUUAAUUAAUUAUCAUCCUGCUAGCAACUCUCUCUUAAUUAUAAUUAUUGUGUGUUUAUUUUUAAUGAUUUUUAUGGCUAAUAUAUAAA